UGCGCGUGCGCUCCUUAGCAUAUUAUACAUGAAACAUGAAACAGAUUUGUAAAAAUUUAUCGAAAAUAAAAGGACCAAUAAAAAUUCUGACUCAGAAAUUAGUCCUGUGAGACGGAAAUGGGGUUGUGAAAAGCAUUAAUUAAAGGGGGAUGCUAAUUAGUGCAACAUAAUGUUUAUUUACAAAACAAUGAAGCAGUAAGUGCUGUUAAAAUGAUUUAUGUUCUAGUGAGAGUGGUUAUUCUGUUUUCAUUAUUACUCAAAGGGUAUGGAGUUGGUGAAAAGGCUUUCAGAGCCUGUAAAAACUAUGGACAGCUGAUGUUAGAGUGUCAUAACAUAUUGUUUCCAAAACAAAGAGUGAGAGUACCAGUAGACUUUCUUCUAUACCCUCAUAUGGUUCUAAUUGGAUUUCGGAGGUCACCACCAGAACCACCUGCGUGGAAGUGUGGAGGCAGUCUGAUUAGUGAGAAAUGGGUCCUCACAGCCGCCCACUGCACUGAAGACCGAGACGCCGGUCCUGCAAGCAUCAUGAGGAUUGGAACCGCUACCUUCGAGUUCGACGAAGUUGAUGAACUGGUCCAAGAGAGAAAGGUGGCUGAAAUCAUUCCCCAUCCGAAUUAUAAGCCACCUUCUAAGUAUCAUGACAUAGCGCUGAUGAGAGCGACUCCAAGUUUCGUUUUAAGCAGAGACAUAAGAAUUGCUUGCUUACAUCUUGGAGAAAACAUAAGUCAAACCAACUUAACAGUCAUAGGCUUUGGUAAGACCGCAUCAGUAGCCACAUAUGGAAGCCAGACGCUUAUGAAAGUUGAUGUUGAUGUGAUUUCCAGUGAAGUUUGUAACAGGUCCAUGAAGUUCUUGAUCAAGAAGAAGUUGUUAGCUGAUGGUAUCACGGAGAAUCAGAUCUGUGCUGGUGAUUAUGAACAUGGUGGUCGAGAUACGUGUCAGGGAGAUUCAGGGGGUCCUAUGCAGAUAAUGGAAGAGAGAGUAGACUGCGUUCAUAACUUUCCUCUCCAUACCAUUGUUGGUGUGACCUCUUUUGGAAGAGAUUGUGGGAGGAAGAUGAGUCCAGGAGUGUAUACGAGGGUUUCGCAGUAUGUGGAAUGGAUUGAGAAUAUAGUGUGGCCUGGGGCUUGAAAUAUGUGAUCUUAAGUGUUGUGUAAAUAUGAAAAAUAUAUUCAAGUAUACGUA